AUGUUUGCAAGGGCCUCUCUUAAGACUACGUUUAAAAAAUUAUUUUUUCGCACGUAUUCCUCGACUAGUGACUAUGACUUGGUUGUUCUUGGCGGGGGGCCCGGAGGGUACGUUGCUUCCAUAAAAGCCGCUCAACUUGGUCUAAAGGUCGCCUGCGUGGAAAAAAGAGAAAAAUUAGGAGGGACUUGUUUGAAUGUGGGAUGCAUUCCCUCUAAAUCUCUCCUUCACAAUUCGUAUCUUUAUCAUAUGGCUUUGCACGAUUUGAAAAAUAGAGGAAUAGAAGUGGAGUCUGUCCGUUUAAACCUCGAUCAAAUGAUGACCGCUAAAAAUUCUUCAGUUAACUCGCUUACUAGUGGCAUCGAAAUGCUUUUUAAAAAAAACAAAGUUGACUACAUUAAAGGGGUUGGCAAACUUUCGGAAGGCAACAAGCUUGAAGUCAAACUGUUGGAAAGCGGUGAAAGAGUGUUGACCUCUAAAAAAAUAUUACUCGCAACCGGAAGUGAAGUUUCGCCUUUCCCUGGUGGUGCCGUGGAGAUCGAUGAGGAGACCAUCGUAUCUUCCACUGGCGCACUAGCUUUAAAGCACGUUCCUGAGAAACUGGUUGUUAUUGGCGGAGGAGUUAUAGGUCUAGAGCUGGGCUCUGUCUGGUGUCGACUGGGCGCUGAUGUCACUGUUGUGGAAUUCACAGCGAACAUUGGCGGUGUGAACAUUGACUUAGACAUUUCCAAGACGUUCCAGCGGAUGCUCAAGAAACAAGGAAUCACCUUCAAACUGCAGACCAAAGUCACACGCGCCGAAAAGACGUCUAAAGGCGUUCACGUCUACAUGGAAGACGCUGCUGGCGGGGACGAGAGCACCCUCGAGGCAAACGUGGUGCUAGUGGCGGUCGGUCGACGACCGUUUUCUAGAGAUUUAGGUCUUGAGCACGUGGGCAUCAAGACGGACGCGCAAGGACGAGUCGAAGUCAAUGAUAUGUUUGAAACUCACUGUCCAGGUAUUUACGCCAUUGGAGACUUGAUUAAGGGGCCAAUGCUGGCGCACAAAGCAGAGGAAGAAGGCAUCAUAUGCGUCGAAGGCAUGCUCGGGGGCAGCCCCCACAUCGACUACAACUGCGUUCCUAACGUGAUCUACACUCACCCGGAGGUGGCGUGGGUGGGCCGGACGGAGGAGCAACUCCGCCAGGAAGGCAUUGACUACAAGGUGGGAAAGUUUCCUUUCGCUGCUAAUUCGCGAGCCAAAACCAACGAUGAAACUGAGGGUUUUGUGAAAUUUCUGAGUGACAAAAAAACGGAUCAAAUGCUCGGCUGUCACGUUAUCGGUACCAACGCCGGCGAAAUGAUCAACGAGGCCGUGCUGGCACUGCAGUACGGCGCGUCUGGCGAGGACGUGGCGCGCGUGUGCCAUGCUCACCCGACUCUAGCAGAGGCUUUGCGGGAAAGCGCGCUUAUGGCGUGGGCCGGGAAAGCUAUCAACUACUAA